GUCGACAACAGCCAUACGUGGAAGAGGCGACAGGUUUGUCUCCCUCCAACCCUCGCAUAUCUCAUAGGCUGAAAAAUGCCUUUUGUCAGCGGGUAUGUAAAGAGCUCUUAACAGGGUUAGUGGCAGUGUUGGUGGCCUGUCAGAAGGUAUGUCAACAGCUCUUACACGGGCACAAAUCUCUGGCUAAUUCCCGGCUGUCUAACACUGCCCGCUAGUGCUACUAGCCGCGGUGAGUCGAUUUGCUCCCUAACGCAAAUGAGCUUGACAAGAGACUGGGCUACCGUCUGUAAGGGCUCUUAACAGAGUAAUUGUAAUUGUGUACAAUGGAUCCUGGAGUGGUAACGGAGCAUGUGUUCCAACUGUUCAGUAACCAUGGUAACGAGGACUACUUGGGUGAGGCUGUAUCGAAGACGCAGCACAGUAUCCAGUGUGGAAUGUUGGCGGAAGCAGAGGGGUAUUCGAAAGAGAUAGUUAUUGGCGCUUUCCUUCACGACAUCGGUCAUCUGGUGGGACAGGAACAACAGCUGCCGAAGAUGGUGACCGAUGACGUCAACCUCGGUGCCGUGAAUCACGAUACGGUUGGAGCCAGGUUUCUACAGGAUCUUGGCUUUCCGGAAAUCGUAUGCGAUCUUGUCGGAGGUCAUGUGAACGCCAAGAGAUACUUGGUCUGGAAGUAUCCCGAUUACUAUGAAAAGUUAACGCCGGCAAGUAAGAAGACGCUGGAACAUCAAGGAGGUCCUAUGGACUCGGAAGAGGCAACUGCAUUCGAGACAUCUCCAUUGUGCGAGAUCAUCUUACGCAUGCGGACUUGGGACGAACGCGCCAAAGACCCGGAAACUAAGAUGGACUCGAUCGACAAAUUUAAGAAUAUCUGUAUGGAUGUCCUGAAGGGAAGAGACUAACUUUCCACACAGUGCUAUUUGUAUAUUUCUUUUUGGGGGGAGGGGAUCAAUUUAAUACACACGAACGGACGUUAACCUUCUUCCGCUGAUUAUGUUUGUCUACGUUAUUUUACCAUAGAAUCAGGAAAUAGUCAGUUUCAAAUGUAGUUUUAAGCAGACCUAUUUAUGUCAUGUCAGGGUUUUACUUCCGCUCCAGGCCACAUCCACAAUGUGGUCGACAUCCGCCGUGAGACAUUUCUUAUAUAAGUUGGAUAUUCUUGAUGUUGGAUACCGGGUGAUGGAUUGCAAAACAAACAUCGUCAAACAUAGUCCCUGUCCGGUACGUGAGACAAAAUGGUGUGUAUUUUGCACUUUUGGUCAUUGAAAUUAAAUGUUCGCAUCACGAAACCGGAUUUCCGGAUAAUAAAGCCUUGUAUGUAGUAUAUAUUUCGUUUCACGUACAAAUCGUCCCGUAGGCGAGGUUUCCUGAUAUCUGUGAUCCGGAGAAGCUGGAUUCCACUGUAUUCUAAUUUAUGAAUAAAUGUAAGAUGAAAAGUUCAAUAAUAAGAAACCCAUAGUCUGGUUC